UUGCUAAGCGUGAGUCCGAUAAACAACGCUUUGACACUGGUGUAUGCCGGUCCGGGCACGGCUAGCUUCGUCAAAUACAUCAAUCAUUCUGCGCGCCCAUCCCCUCUUUUCCCACAGUUAUCAAACAAUAAACAGUCGACUGAUGAUUCCCCACCUUCUUGUUAUGACCUUUCCGUGAUUUAUUAUGAGCCCGUCUCAACGAGUGAAUCAAGCUCAGUUAGUGAGAGUUCAUCUGAAGAUGCGGAAGAUGACGAAGGCGACGAGGAAGAAGAAGGCAGGGGGGAAGAACCUGAUGAACGAACGCCACUUGAAAAACGUGCGGUUGAAUCUGGAUGCAGUCAACUACUUGAAGACCCUAACUAA